CGAUUUUACCGGUAGAAUUCGCGACUUCGGCACAAAAAAGCAAAACACACGAAAAGUUUGGCGGCAUUGUCUUUCGAGCUAAAUAAACAGAAACUUUCUUAAAGAUCAUUUAAUAACCCAUUUGGAAUUAUGCCACCAAAGAAGCGAGAUCCUGAAAACGACACUGUCAAGAAGCCCAGAGCGAAAAAGCAGAAGAAAAAGAAGGAUGAAUUUUCGGAAUCUGAGUCAGAACCCGAGACCGAGCUAAACAAUGGAAAUGGGGCUGCAUCAAUCGAUGAACCGGAAAUUGCUUACGAUAUCACCCUUGAAGCACCGAUGUUAAGUGGAGAAGUACUUAUUUCUGGUGGAACUAAUUGGGAUUUGAUUGGAAGAAAACAAGUGCCAAAAGAGGCUAAGAACAAAGGUGGCCCAAAUUUAUGGAGACCUCACCGUAUUGCCGAUUUCUCAGAUGUGAAAAUCCGUACCAUUGUCUCUGGGUGUUGCAGUACUCAUUCCUUCCUGAUUGACACUGAAGGCAAAGUUUAUGCAUUUGGGAGAAAUGAAAAAGGACAAUUGGGUGUUGGAAAUUUGAACCGCGUAGACAAGCCAACUAUUGUAGACUGCCUGUCUGGAUAUAAUAUAGUAGAUGCUGCAUGUGGACGCAACCAUUCACUAUUUCUUACAGAACAUUUUAUUCUUGUUUUACAGCAAUUGUUAAAUGUCGUUCCUCCACCAAUCAGAAAACUAGCGUGUGGUGCAGAGUUUAGUAUGAUAGCAGAUAUCCGCGGUAACCUUUACUCAUUUGGGUGCCCUGAGUAUGGCCAGUUAGGUCAUAACACUGAUGGUAAAUACUUUGUUAGUGGUAACAAACUGGCAUACAGAAAUGAGAUGUCACCUCGUAAAGUGCAGGUGUGGAUAGAAAAGGCUCGAGAUGGCAGGAUUUCACCUAUACAUGAUGUUGAAGUGCGAGAUAUAGCAUGCGGCACAAAUCAUUCAGUAAUACUAGACUCCAAGAAACGUCUAUUUACCUGGGGUUUCGGUGGUUAUGGUCGUCUAGGACAUGCUGAUAACAAGGACGAAAUGGUGCCUCGCCUCCUCAAACUGUUUGAGGGGCCAAAUAAGGGAGCAACGAAAAUAGCAGCUGGCUCAACAUUUACAUUGGGUCUUAAUGAAUAUGGUGCAUUAUACCUCUGGGGAAUGACUAAACUUACAGGAGAGGCCAACAUGUACCCAAAACUAGUGCAGGACCUCAGUGGAUGGCGUGUACGUAGUAUUGGAUGCUGUUACAAGAGCAUUGUUAUAGCAGCAGAUAAUAGUGUAGUGAGUUGGGGAGCUAGUCCUACCUAUGGGGAACUGGGCUAUGGUGAAAACAAAGCUAAAUCAUCAACAGUGCCACAGGAAGUGAAAACGAUAGAUGGUGUUUACGUUCAUAAUGUUGCUGGUGGAUAUGGGCAUGCUUUGUUCAUUGCUCAGAAUGAUUCUGAGGAAGACAUGAAAAGCCUGAACAAAUUACCGGUGUAUACACCGGUGUAAAAUUGGAACCUCAGUGAAACAGGGUAUAUACUUAGGAAAGGUGAAUUCAGGGUCUUAAACAUCGUAGAUUAAAUCAUAUCUGAAACAUAGUAAAUUUUUGUUUUAGUUUUGUUUAAGAGGGAAAAGAAAUACCUAGAAGACAAAGCUUCCUCAAAAGGCCAGUAACUCUUUAUUACUGAAGGGAAGUUACUCUAAGUUUUGUUCUUGUACUUAGGGGAAAAUUGAAAGUUCUUAUUUUUAAUACCAUUCUAACAAGCAUUUGAUAUAAAAAUGCAAUUUAAGAUGUAGAUGUGGGACAAUAUAAAGGGAGUGGCAAAAUAAUUGGUACACUUAGUGUAAUUAAUGAUAUGAUAUCCAGGUAUUGGCCAAAAGAGUUAAAUUAUUUGAAUAGAAUUAUUUAUAAAAAAAUUUGUAACAGUCUUUAUUGCAUUAAGCCUGCAUUAUAUUUUUUCCAAUUUAUUAAAUUGGAAAUUAUAUUUUACCUGUUUACAUCAAACAUUGCUUUCUUCAGUCAUUUUGAGAUAAAGGUGUACUGCUAUUUCUGUAGAAUGAUAAAAUUUAAAACCAGUCUAUAAAAGCUCUUCUGUCAUUGGUCAGUUUAAAAUUCAAAUGAGCCAAUCAAAUGUUAAAGUUUUUGAAACUGAUUUUCUGACUAUAAGCCUCAGUAUGGUAGGGAAACAAAAAAGGAAGAGAGUGUGAAUGAAAACAUUUUUUUUAGCGAGACCUGUUGUGCCUGUCUGUCAUAAGUAAAAUGAGCCGUGUAAUGACAAAACCAACAUAGUGCGUUUGCAACCAGGAUGGAUCCAGACCAGCCUGCGCAUCAGCGCAGUCUGAUCAGGAUACAUGCUGUUUGCUGUCAGUUUCUCUACUUGUAAUAGGUCUGGUUAGCGAACAGCAUGGAUCCUGAUCAGACUGUGCGGAUGCACAGGCUGGUCUGGAUCCAUGCUGGUCGCAAACGCACUAUGUUGGUUUUGUCGUGACGCUGCUCAAAUGGUAGCUAUUUGUUUCAUUAUUAUUUUGAACUAGGGUAGUUGUUAAUGUGUUCAAUUGUUUGUUUAAAGUUAAGGUAGAUAUUGUUUAGUGCAAGUAUGGGACUUAACAUGAAAAGAAAUAUAAUCCCAAAUGAAGUUACUGUGCCUUUUUAUGUUAGAUUUUUUUAUUGCAUAUGUUCUUGUUAUUGUUUCUCUUUUUUCAAAAAAUUUCAAGCUAGUUUUUGGACCCGUAUGCAUCAGUCGUUAAAAUUUUGUAAAAAUAUAUUAUAAAAUAUAAUUGUUUUGUAACAAAAUAUGACAGUACUGUACAUUGACAUUUAUAGUGUUGAUGUGCUAGAAGUGUCUGAAGAUAAAAAGUGCUAGCACAUUGAUUAUAUAGAAUGAUAAGGCAAUGAUACAUAUGAUUUUUAUGCCUUUUCUCAUCACCUUAACUGUUGUAUGUUAAAUAUUUUUUGCGUAAGAAUUACGAAUAUGGGCUCAUGUUUACAUUGUUAAGUAAUAAGCAAAUAUAUUAAAAGGGUAGUUAAAAUUUAAUUGAACAUUUUUCAUUUUUUGCUGACAUUAGUAAUGUUUUGAUGAUUGAAACUAAACUUGAUGGUGAUUGCAAAUACUGUCUUGAAUAAGUUUUUAUAUUUGUCUUAUAUGAACAAAAGAGGAUAGAUCUGAGUAAAUGUUUUUUGAUACGACUAUUUGUUGAACAAAAUAAGUUCAAUUAAAGCUUUAUUUUUCACUAGAAUUGUUGACCUAUAGCACAAGUGUGAUUUUUUUGUGUAAUUAAUUUAUAACUCAAUGAUUUCUAUUCAUAGCUAUUAGAAUUAUAAAAAAGUGUACUUUAAUUUUUGAAGAAUAUGGGUUUAACUUGUCAAGAAGGAAUCUGGGGUCUCUGAGGCCGAGUGGUUAUGGUCAUUGACCAAACCUCGUGCCCAGCACAGUUGAGGGUUUAAAUUCUGCUUUUUGGGAAAGCUAGUCAUCUAGACUAUGAAAUAUCUGUUCUACUCCAAGGCCAGCUCAUGCCUAAAAAUUGUGCAUGGAGGGGUACCUGGGGGUCUUAAUCAACUAGUCAAGCUAAAAAGUUCACAAUAUAAACUUAAUUAGUGUUCUAAUGCCUUCAAACUCAACCAAAAAGAAGAAAUUAAAAUGAGAACUGUUAUGAUACCACAAGAGUUUGUCUGGUUAUGAAAUGAUAUUUGAGCCGCGCCAUGACAAAACCAGUGCGUUUGCGACCAGCAUGGAUCCAGACCAGCCUGCACAUCCGCGAGUCUGAUCAGGAUCCAUGCUGUCUGCUAUCAGUUUCUCUACUUGUUGGUUUUGUCAUGGCGCUGCUCAAUUUUGUUAAUCUGUCAUAUGUAGGUACUUGUCUUGUGAUUGUUCGAUAUUGAAUGUUAGUGAAUAUAAGACACAGUAUUGUUACUGCAUGUACAUUAAAUACUGGACGGUAAUUUAUAAUAUUAUACAAGUGCUAAAGUAAGGGAAUAAUUGCUGUCUGAUUGCUAAUUUGGGGAUGUUCUUGUUAACAUGUAGAGGUUGGUCUUUUUUUAACCAUUACCAAAUAUUUUAAUUUUGAAUGAAGAAUUUUUGCUGUGUUCUCUAUUAUUAUUUGAGCUGUUCAUUUCUGUGUAUUAUAAUGAUAAAACAAUGAAAGGAUUUUUUUUGAAGAUUUUCUACACUAUCUGUAAAUAAGAGCCUUUCAAUGAAAUUGACACUAGUUUGAUAGAAUUGUUUAUAAGUUAAAUUUAUAGUUAUAAUUCACACUACAUUGCUGAAUUAGUGAUAAUUGUUUUGUUUCCCCCCUUAAGAUCUUAUCUGUCUUUCAAUCUGGACAAACAUUCAUCAGUUUUAUGGAAAUUUUCAAAAUAAUUUCCGAUUGAAUAUCAGUGCGGACGGAUCUUUGUCUGUACUGGUCACAUGUGUAGGUUCAGUUUAUGUCAGUAGGCUAAGUGUUAAUUGGCAUAUUUAUUCAAUUAUCCAGACUUUGACCAUAAUACACCAUUUCCUUUUUGAUGAAAUCAUGACAUUUAUCUAGUAUACCCACCAAUACUUAUCAUUCAUCAAAUAGCAGUUGUUAGUCAUUGGUUGAAAGUAAUGGUAAUUCAGUAUAUAGAGGAAGUCUUUUCUAUGAAUACAAGAUUUAUUUCAUCAAGUGGUAUGAAAGUAAAUAUUUCAUGAGUGGCGAUACCACAAAAUGAAAAUAAAUCCUGUAUUUACAGAAAAAAAUUGAGUUCCCCUUAAAUUUUGUAUAUUGGAGCUGAAUUUAGAAGAAAGUAGUUUGGCAAGACACUAGUGAAAAUAAGGAAAAUAUGUUUCACUGCAGUGAAAAAUAAAUAUUUACAGAAAUGAAAAUUACGCAUUCUAUUUCAUUAAUAUUUCUCAGUAUUUCAUUUGUAAGUAUAAAAUGAAUGUUAAUAUCUAAAUGUUCUAUCUCAGGUCCUAUUAAACAUUUAUUGACAUAAUAUUGUUAACAAUGAUGUCAGAUGGAAGCUAUCCAAAUUUUUGAACACAUUUUUGCUUGCUCAGGUAGAACACCACUAUUGAAAUUUUUUGAAAAGCUUUGUUUGUUUUUGCUUGUUUAAAUAAGAAUGAAUAAAAUAGGAUGAAUAUGAAAAACAUAACAUUGACAACUUUUUGUGUUUUAAUAACAAUAAGUUAAUAAAUAGUAUACGUUAUCUGGAAUUUGGCAUAGUGGGGUUUUCCCGGCUAAUCGGUAGGUACAAACUAACUUUUACUGUUAUAGCUUCAUGGUGCACUUCCCAUCACUAUAGAUUACCAGUAGUCAACUUGUCUCGCUAAUUUUCGAAGCUGUUACUGUAAAAGUUUGUUUGUACUUAUGUUAUUAGCUGGCAAAAACCCAAAUAUACUUAAUUCCGGAGUAAGUCUAUUGUAAGAUGAAACUUUUUUUUUCACGCAAACAAGCGAUCCGAUAUGCAUACCAGCGAUCCAAUUAUUUAAUUUUCCUUCAAGUUAAGUAUGCCAUAAUGAUCUCUUUUUAUUAAGUUUAUUUUGUAUGACUACCUCUUAAAGUGUUUAUCUGACUGAUUUAUGCACAAUAAUACAUUUUUAUGUGUUGUCAAAUUUUUAUAUAUAAAGCCUUGUAUAUACUGCAUCAGAAAUUUGCUUUAAACCAUUUUGUUUCUUCUCUGCCAAAAAACUGAUACUGUGUAAAUCCAAAAUUAUGUCCAUAAAAUUAGUUCAUUUUUACUGUUUUGUUCAAAUUCAUGUAUCAAAUUAAACUAAAUACAAUGAUUCUAGACCAAAUAGAUGGAAAUAACAUUCUGACUCACCUUUCAACACAGUUUGCAUUUUUCACUUGAGAAGUAGCGAAUAGUUUCAUGUGAUGUUUAAAGACAAAACAUUGACUUGUUUCUCAUGUAGAAAACAGAAUGUUUGUAACAUGUCUAUUAAUUAAUAGUUUCUUAUGCUCCCAUGACACUAAUAUUAAAGGAUAUCUAAUUUUUGGAGACAUUUAAAACCACAGAUUUGCACAUUUUGCUUGAAGAAAUUAAAUUUAGUAAAAAAUAAUUGAAUCUACAGGAUUAAAAGAGACAUUUAAAAUAUUUAAUAUUAAAGAGGUAAUUUUGAAUUAAGGAAAUUUUGAUGUGCGCAAAUUGAAAUCAAAAUGAAAUGGUAAAAAGGUGUUAAACAAUAUUGAUACCAUUGUAAUUUUCUCUUUACUUUGUUUUUUUUGGGUGAAAUACAUUGAUACAAGUAUAAAGGUUGACUUUUGUAGUUUGUAAUUUACUCUUGAAACAUUUCAUAAAUGCUCUGCAUGGUAACAUGCUCUACUAUAGAUGUGGCACAUUAAACAGAACUUCAGGUGAGUGUCAAGUUCUUAUUUUACACCGAUAGAUAUGGCAUGUAAAAUAGAACUUUGACAGGUGUCCAGUGCUCAUUUUACAUCUAUAGAUGUGGCACUAAAUCCGAUGUUGUUCUCAUUUUGCAACUAUAUAAAUAUAACACAUUAAACAGAACUUAAAACAAUUGUCAAGUUCUCACUUUACAUCUAUAGAUAUAGUUCAUUCAAUAGCACUUAAAACAUGUCAAGUUGUCAUAUUGAAUUGUUAUUUGUCAUACAUUUAUUGUACUUAUAUGAUUUCUAUCUGCCAAGUUCUCCUGUUAUACUUGUAGAUGCAUAAAGUUUAUAAAGCUAAAACAACAUUUUGGUAUUUGAUACCCAUCGGUCAUUCUGAUAAACUUUUACAGUUUGUCAGCCAUUGAUGUAAUCAUUUCAUACAGUAGAGAUAGUUUCAUUUUCUCUGUUCAUUUCAAUUUUUCACAUACAUCAUAUUUUACAGUUAGUGUUCUACAUUUAAUGAAUGAAUAUUGUUCAGCUAGAGUGUCAAAGAUGAUGGCAUAUGUUUUAAAGGGUCUCACAUUUCUGUGGGUUGGUACUUGCAGUAAACAGUUAAGCACUGUUUAAAAAAAACUAAAAGGAAGGUUACAUUAAAUUCAUAUGAACAAACUUGUUAUAAACAUGAUUAAGAAAUUUAAGCUGCAGUUAAGCUGCAGUUAACAAUUAAAAAAGUAGGAAUAUGUAAUUAAAUGGGCAUUUUUAUACAGGUAUAUUUCCAUGUAGAUAAUUUAAGUUGUUCUGUAUACAGAAUUCUUCAUACUUCAUUAGUACCAUAAGUCAUUCAUUUCUUAUUAAAGAAACAAAAACAAAACGUAUACGUAAGCACAAUAAAUAUACUCACUGUCUAAGACAAAGUUGGUCAUGUAUCAUUAUCACCAUAAUUAAUCAUUGAAAAUUAUUCAAGGAGUUUUUUUAAGGGGGCAUGCUUUUAAGGUUGUAUCCUUAAGAAAGAUAUUGUUAUGUAUUAUAUUUCAGUGCUGUAAUUGCCUCAAGUGCAAUAAGUAAAAGGGAGAAGUCUGAAGUGAAUGAGUUUGCCCACAAUUUCACAAAUUACUAUUUAAUGUCAGUCAAAAAAAUUGUGAACACACAGGUGAUUGAAACAAAUUUCUUUUUAUGUUCUGUAUGGGCUAUAUACUAUCAAAGAUAUCUUAAUAUACAUAUAUAUGCCGAUUAUGUAAAAUAUUUGAUUAUGUGACUAGCCCCUGUGUGUGAAAGUAGUUCUAGUUGGAAGUGAAGAGGACUGGUUUGAUUUACUGAUUCAAACGUGUUAAAACUUGACUUUAGAAAUAGGAAGGGACUUAAUUGAAAGCAUGUCCCUUUAAUAUAUCAUCAACAUCGUCAUGAUAAUAAACUAUCAGUCUUUCACUCACAUUUUCUUGGACCAUAUUUCUUACAGUACAUUACCAUUAUGUUAUGUGUUGUACUUUUAUAUAACCAUUUUUUCUCAUAGCUAUUCUGAAGAUAUGAUUGACAGUUUGUUGUAAAUAUAUCGUGUGUUGUCAUAACAAAUUACUCUCAAUAAAGUCAUGAAUUGAAA